GAGAUUGGGGUUUUGACUCAUGGUAAAACUGAUUGAUAAAUCUGGCCAUAUGUAUUGGUAUUAUUUUAAUUUGUCUAUUCACUGGCAUUGCUAUUGUUAAACGUAUUAUUGCCAAGCUAAUAACUUCUGUUGACAACGUCGGUUCCCCUCAGAAAUAGCUGCUUCUCUGUCCAAAUGAAGAUGAGGAGGAGCGGUUGCCUACCUCGGAGGAGAAGGAAGUAUGGCAGUCUCUAGCAUCCAUUCAACUGGACUGAUCUAAUCUAAGUCCUGCCAUCCUAUGGUGUGGUCAUGGAAUAACCAAAGGGGGGAGAUGAGGAUCUGAAACCUGAAUACAGGCUGAGCAGGUACAAAUUUGAAUGCCUUUUGAGCGUCAAUAAAAUAACACUCAGAUGUGUUAAUCUGAAAGAUCUGGCAAAUUGAAUUGAAGGAAAGUUAUAAUGUCUGCACCAUGACAUCACAUAAAUUUCAGUCUGCAUUGUCACUUUGUAUUCUAUCUUUGAAGAUAGUUAAGCAGAAUUGAUCAGUAUGAGAAACCAUCCUGUUCAUGCACAGUACAUUCAAUGUACACGUGGGGUUUUUUGAGGAAUGGCCUCUUUGGACCUACCCUACCGCUGUCCAAGAUGUGGUGAACACAAGCGUUUUCGAAGUCUGUCUUCGUUGCGAGCCCAUCUGGAAUAUAAUCACACAUACGAGACACUUUACGUGCUUUCUAAGUCCAACAGUGUUUGUGAUGCCAGUGUUGUGUCUUCAGGAGUUGACAAGUCCAUUCUGAUACCUACGUCCUGUAAAGAAAUAUUUGAAAGCACCUCAUUCAGGGGUAAAGAACAAAGAUAUUUGUAUGACUUACAGUGUGGGGAGGAUUUACCACUUGGUUCCACCUGUUACUUCCCUGAGGUUGAGGUUCCAGUUAACGAUAUACUCAUGAGAAAGGCAGUGACAUCUGCUGCUCCUCCGGCUGCUCUAGCUGCAGCAGCAGUGGAUGCUGUUUAUGAGGAAGGCCUGGCUCGAUUAAAGAUUCAAGCGCUUGAGAAGCUUGACUUAAAUGAACGUCUAGAGAAGCUGUCAGAGGAAGUGGAGCAGAAAAUCACAGCUCGAGUAGACAAACUUCAGACAGAACUUGAGAAAAAGAGUUCUGAGUUGGAGAAAGCCAAACAGGAAAGUGUGAAGUUGAGUCAAGAAAAGCAAGACCUUGAAGAAAAGGCCUCCGAGUUAUCACGCCAGGUCGAUGUGAGUGUCGAGAUGCUGGCUACAUUGAAACAAGAUUUGGUGCAGAAGGACCAAGAACUUGCCAGGAAACAACAGGAAGUGUCACAGAUUGAUCAGUUCUUACAAGAGACAGCAGCACGUGAAGCAAAUGCAAAAGUUCGCCUGCAGCAAUUUAUAGAGGAACUUCUGGACAGAGCAGACAGGGCUGAAAAGCAGCUAAUGGUGAUCAGUAGUUGUGGUACGACACCUAAUGGCAGUCUGGGAAGGAGCAGCAACCCUGGGGCAAGAACUAGCAGAGAACAGGGUGAAAGACCCAUACCCCCAGCUGGAAAUACCCGAGGGAAUGUGCCUGCAUCUGAGCAGCAGUCGUUACCAAAUGUCAGACCAAAGCCAGUAACACAUGUGUCACGAUGCUAUGACAGUGACAGUUUUACGCCAUCUGUAGAUAUGCAGCACAUUGAACAAAGUCCAGAGAGGAUGUAUUAUCAUAAACAAAACCGCAACUCGGAGGGUAGAUGCGUCAGGGAUCCCAUGUCCCGAAGUUCAGCACUACGGAGGCAAGCUGUUGAAAAUUGGCACCGUAGGCCAUAUCGUAACAGCACAGAGGGAGAAGAAGGUGAUGUGUCAGAUGCGGGAUCUAGAACAACAGAAUCUGAGGCAGAAAUAUGGGAACCAGAAAGUAAAUGUUCAGCAGAGAUACAGAAAUUUGGAUCAAAUCGUGCCAAGGCUUACCGACUGGGUUCAAGUAAUGCCAAACCAGUUAGUUACAAAGCAACUAAGCUACAGAAAGGCAGCCCUUCACGAUCAAAUGAAGUUAUCAGCCCUGAGGUUCUAAAGAUGCGAGCAGCAUUAUUUUGUAUUUUCACCUACUUGGACACAAAGACAUUGCUGAAAACAGCUGAGGUCUGUCGAGACUGGAAGUAUGUGGCAAGGCAUCCAGCAGUUUGGACCAGAGUUCUGUUGGAAAAUGCUCGAGUAUCCUCCAAGUUUAUGUUGACCCUAUCCCAAUGGUGUACACAGACACACUCCCUCACUCUGCAAGGCAUUAAACCUCGUCCAAAAGGGAAGAAGGAAAGUAAAGAGGAAUAUCUUAAAAGCACACAUGGCUGUCUGGAGACUGGACUAGAAUCCCUGCUGAAAGCUGCUGGCAGCAAUCUUCUAAUCCUGAAGGUAUCCCAUUGUCCAAACAUCCUGACUGACCGUUCUCUUUGGUUGGCAAGCUGUUACUGCCGUGCACUACAAGCAGUAACUUACAGGAGUUCAACAGAUCCAGUUGGCCAUGAAGUGAUCUGGGCUUUGGGAGCUGGGUGUAGAGACAUCAUCUCUCUGCAAGUUGCGCCAUUACAUCCAUGCCAUCAGCCAACUCGAUUUAACAAUCGCAGUCUUCAGAUGAUCGGGCGUUGUUGGCCACACUUACGAGCACUGGGAGUUGGUGGUGCAGGUUGUGGACUACAGGGGCUAGCCUCUUUGGCUCGGAACUGCAUUCGAUUACAAGUACUAGAACUUGAUCAUGUGACGGAAAUAAACCCGGAAGUCGCAGCAGAAGUUUGUCGGGAGGGAUUGAAGGGAUUAGAAAUGCUGGUCCUGACAUCCACCCCUGUCACACCAAAAGCUCUACUACAUUUUAACAGUGUCUGUCGCAGUUUAAAAUCGAUUGUAGUGCAUAUCAGUAUAGUCGAUUAUUUUGAGGAUCCUGACAGCCCAGAAGCUCGAAGGCUAUUUGAGGAAAUGGUCAAUAAACUUCAGGGUCUCUAG